AUGGUCGAACUUCUUCUUUCAUACAAAGCAAAAAUCAAUCAAAGAUCUAUGUGGGGUUUCACCCCUCUUCAACUUACAGCACACAAUCAUAAUACAAAAACCAUAGAACUUCUUCUUUCGCAUGGUGCAAAAAUAAAUGCAAAAGAUGAUGAUAGAAGUACCGCUCUCCAUCAUGCUGUACGAAUACAUAAUUUAGAAGGAGUCAAAGUUCUUCUUUCAUAUGGUGCAAAAAUCAAUGAAAAAGAUGAUCAAAGAAAAACCGCUCUGCAUAUUGCUGUAGAAUACGGUUUUACGGAUAUUUCCGAAGCUCUUGUUUUACAUGGUGCAAAAAUCAAUGAAAAAGAUAAUUGUGGAAAUACAGCUCUUUAUAUUGCAGCAUUUUGUAAUCAUAAAGAAAUAGCCAAACUUCUUAUUUCACACGGUGCAAAAAUCAAUGAAAAAAAUAAAUCUCGAAAAACCGCUCUUCAUUUUGCAGCAGAUAAAAAAGGCAUAGAAAUAAUAGAACUUCUUAUUUCACAUGGUGCAAAUAUCAACGAAAAAAUGAAGAUGGUAGAAACCCUCUUCAUUUUGCAUCCUUCGAUGAUCCUAAUAAAGAAGUAA